AUGUCAGCACUGGUUACAGUUUCAGAACUAUUACGCAGCGUCCAGCAUUUUUACAACCAUCACGACUCAUCUGUCAGCGCGGAUUUGAAACAUGCCCAUCGCAUCCGCAACAAGCUGCGUAGUUUUGCCCAGACAGUCAAGGAAGAUUUCGGCUUCAGCCUUGGACUCCACCUCGGGACUGAAAGAGAUGAGAACUUCGUCACCCGCGCGGUAAUUUCUUACUUGUAUUUCUACACGCUUCUUCUCACAUUUCGUCCUUUCCUACUUCUCUUCGUCGAGCUGAAGAGACGCGGUGAAGCCGAGGGAAAAGACAGCGAUUCAAAAUCCAACCCUUUCAACAUUCCCCCAUUGUUGGAGGCUUGUGAGCACACUGUAGAUGCGGCUCGCUCGAUAGUGAUGCUAGGUGAGAUUGUCUUCGCAACCGGACCUGGUGCCGAGGGCGUCUACAACAACUGCUUCUUCCUUGAGAGUGCAUGCUUCGUGUUGAUACUAGCUGCACUUCAUGACAGAAACGCCACUCGUCGCCACAUUCGAUACAUCAACCGCGGCAUUCGCGCAUUGCGACAGAUCCACCCACGAGAACCUAUUGUCAGCAUAAUCGCAGCAAUUGAUGAAAUGCGCGGCAAGGUCGAAAUGCUGACUGGUCUGACCGAACCCAUUCCUCAAAGCAUGGAAGGUUUUCACGGACUACCAGGUAUAAGUGGAUCCGAGCAGCCAAAAUACGUUGGCGGGGAUGGCAUAUCCGCUGCUUCCGCACCCGGAAUGGUGCCUGGUACAGAUCCCUGUCAACCAGAUUUGGAGACGCCACCAGGCUUCGGCUCGUUCGAGCAACGUGCACCAAGUGUUUCGAGCGACGUUUUGGAUGCCACAUGGCCUUCCAUGGAUUGGAACUUUGACCUGUCCAAUCUCGACCUCGAGUCGUUCGUUUCGGUCAUGGGGAAUCAACAGGAUGGAAACUUCGGUUUAUUCUAG